UCCCCCAUCCCCCACUCGUCGGCCGCGUCUGUAGCAGCGCCACUGGGCCCACUCAAACGCAGCUCGAGCUCAGCCAGCCCGCACCGACCCGAGGCAAAAGUCCACGCGAGAGAAAGACGACUACACUGGUUCCCAUCACGCGCAGGAGUGAGAAAGAAAAAAAAAACUCUUUUUCUUCGACCAAGUGACGUUGAUUUGCAUAUCCACUUCCACUCCUUCCUCAUUUGCAUACAGCAAGAAAUGGCGAGCGGGCAUCCCACAGACAAAUUCAGUUUCAUGUAUCAACCAGACACGCACAAGAGCAAAAACAGGUUGUCUUCAGCCAUGAAUCCAGUCUACAGCCCUGUUCAACCUGGAACCCCCUAUGGGAACCCCAAGAACAUGGCCUUUGCAACAGGCUAUCCAGGAGGGUAUCCCACCACGGCACCCACAUAUACACCAAACCUAUAUCAAACAGGGAGCCCCGGGUAUCCACCUGGAUACACUGCAGCGGGCACUCCAUAUAAAGUGCCACCUACUCAGUCAAAUGGCGCUCCUCCUCCCUAUACCCCAACCCCGACACCAUACCCGACAGCUAUGUACCCCAUCCGCAGUGCCUAUCCACAGCAGAACCUGUACACACAGGGUGCAUAUUAUACCCAACCUGUGUAUGCAGCUCAGCCACAUGUGAUACAUCACACCACCGUGGUGCAACCAAACAGCAUCCCCUCCACAGCCCUCUACCCGGCCCCCGUCCCUGUACCCACUCCUCGUAACAACGGCAUGGCUGCCAUGGGGAUGGUAGCCGGGACGACCAUGGCUAUGAGUGCAGGGACACUGCUGACAACGCCCCAGCAUGGCCCUAUCGGAGGACACCCCGUUACUGUGCCCACUUACAGGCCCCAGGGCACACCUGGCUACAGCUACGUUCCACCUCACUGGUAGAGCCCACCAGUUUAUAUCUGGAGUCCGCCAUCAUAUGCAACUGCUCAAAUCUGACCCAGACUCCCGGUAACCAUGGGAACUCGCCACCGUGUCUGCAGAACAAAUCUAAAGUGCAACAGCCACUUUAAUAUCAUUCUCUAACAUUUUUACAAAGCUGCUGUUAUUUUAUUUCGUUUCAUUUUUUAAAAUCUGCUCAUUUGCCAACCAGUCAUUGCCGUGUUUUGACCUUUUUUUUUUUUUAUAAUUAUUUUCAGGGUUUCUUUCCCCCUUACUUCCUUUGUCAUUGUAACUCCAAAAGGACGCAGACCAAUCACAAGUGUUGUUCCUGUGUGUUUAUGUGUGUUUGGGUGGUGGGGGUGUACGUGGGUGUAUGUGGUCCUGCCGGCUGCUGCUCAGUUGGCUGGAAAUUUUAGCGCACUUAUUCCUCAAUAUCAUUUCCUUCACUCUUUGCAAAUACUAGACCUAUUGACUUAUGCUGCCAAAUUUCCUCAAAACUCGAUAUCAGCACAGGGUUUAAAUACCCAAUUUUUCAUUUGAUUUCAUGCAGGUUUUUAAAUUGUUUGAUAUUGUUUUGCCUUUUCCAUUCAAUUUCACCUUUUUUUGGGUUCCUUUUAUGUUUCCACCAGCAGUUCCUUUCCACCAUUUUCCUCAUCAGCGUUGGUUCACUUUCAGUCCAACUUCACUUGUCUUCCAAAACCUCACUAUCUGUCUGUCUUGUCUGUCAGUCUGUCUCCAUGUCAAUUGUAUACCGCUUUCAGCAGCAUACAAACAUCAUUUGUUUGUGUGCGCUUAAAAACUGUCACCUACUUCAUGCCACAUACUAUGCAGGCUAGUAUGUUGUGACACGUGACAUGAAUAGCGCUAAAGAGCAUUUCUUGGUCACAUUUUGUGAUUGAUGUUGGAUUUUUUUUUUGUCGGCCAAUACGCUCAGCGAAGGUUAAAAUAUGAAGUGAGAACAGUGCGGGUGGUCGUGCAUACAGUCACUUACGCAGGCUCCUGUGUUUGGGGGAAAAACAUAAAUGCCUUUUGGCACUUAAGUGUACAGUACUCCGAUGUAUGCUACUGAUCAACACAAGAAAAUCCAAGGCGGGCGAAGGGAGUUUAAAAGGAUUGUGUUGGCUGGUGGCCAUUCACAGUGCAAGACAUUUUGGGUAUGUGAAAUCUUACCUGCAAAGGACUGCAUAAUCGUCUACACGAGGACCAAUAACCAAACAUCCAGCAAGCGCAGAACCGUACGCAUUUUAAACAGCUAAGAUACCGCUGAAAGUGACUACAGAGUGCGAGUGCAAAACAGAUUUCAAAAGAACUUCUUGUAAUCUUAAUUCAUUUUAAAGUUAACGUAACAGACAUGCCUCUGUUUUUUAAGUACUUGAUAAGAUAAAAGAUACUUAAAUUCACUGGAGCCAGUACUAAACCCUGCAAGAUCAUCUAACUAGCAAAAAUAUCUAAACCCAAAGUGGUUCAUUGUGUGAAAGCGCAAACAUGGCCGAGGUAGGAUUAUUGUACUCAAAGAAUGCUGUAAUCUGACUUUUAAAGAGUAAUAAAUCGUUGCUGUUUUGUGACGAGCGCAUACAUAAUCCGCACAAAAAAUAAUCCCAGUUGAUUGAAACAAAAAAGGAUUUAGUAAAAUAAACAGUGCAUGCUUCUAUUUGACUGUGACAAUUCGAUUUUUGUCAAUCCAUUUUUUUGGUUAUUGGUUCUCAAUUUGAGGAAAGGCUGGUGGAAUGUGUAACAUUUAGGUGCGUGGCAUUUUCAGGAUUCACAAAAAAACCCCAAAAUAGCUCAAAACGUUAAGAGCAUUUAUCGCAAAGGUUAGUAGAUGAGGUGGCCUGAUAUUGCAAUAAAAAAGAGGGAAUGCCUCAUUAAAUGAUUCUUUUAUCAGCUUUUUGAAAUUUUUAAGAAAAGAACAACGCUUGUAGUCUUUUAAAAAGAAGUUUGCAGGCUCUAUAUGCAGCCUUAAUAUUGACCAUUAACAAAUAGAGAAACAUAUCAACAAUUUGGCUUUUAAUAACUUUGUGAAGAACAGUUGCACAACAUUAGAUAAACCAAAUAAAAUAAUUAGUAGUCGUAUAUUUUAAUGCUAAGUAACAGGUACCUUUAGGCUUUGUAUUGCAAGAGUGUGAGAGAGGCUCUCUUGUAAUUAAAAUAAGACACAGUUGAGUGUUUGAGUUAUUUUUAGUCCCACCAAUGUUUCUACACUAGAGCAUUAACUCUCAAGAAAUAUUGCAUAAAGUUGCUAUCAGAAAAAAAAAAAAAAAAAAUCCGUUUGUAUUUUAAUUG